GAGCAGACGGCGCCCUUCCCACGGCGAUGCGAGAGCGCGCCCCGGGACUUGGUUAUUCACUCUGCUGGCUGUUUCUAGUUUGUUCUGUGGGGAGGAAGGGUCUAAGACGCUCGGAAACGGAAGAUGAAGAUCCUCACUCUCGCCCUUGCUCUGUGGGUCAGCGCCGUCUUGGCUCGGCAGGAGGAGAGGAGCCAAGUUGGCGAAGCAGAGGAGGAGGAGAAGGUGGUGGAGGUCCUGGCUGAGGACUUCGAGGAGGAGGACGCCCUCGAGCCCGCCCUUGGGAACGACGACGACGUGGAGGAAGGCGGCGCCGAGUGUUCCAGGAUUUCCCCGAAGGAGGUCUUCCACACGGAGCUACAUCCGAGACUUCUGAAAGCCAUGGACGAGAUGAGUCUUUACGUGGAAGCGGUGGUGGAGCGCGUGGAAAGAGCGGUGGAAGUGCUUCUCCCUCAUGUCCCAGAUUCGCCCAUAGGAGAGCUGAAAAGCCAAGAACUGUUUCCGGAGCUUCGAGACUUCAUACUCGGGACGAUCCGGGACGCGUACGACUUGGUGAGAACCGCCUGGAGGGAUCUCAUUCGCGCCCACUCCCGAGGAAACCUUGGGAGCGAGGAGACACUGCGGGCCCUUCAGCUCAUAAGAGACGCUCAGCAUCAAGGAGACCGGUAUCUGAACACAGCCCUACAGGAGCUUUCGGUCACCAUCAAAGCCAUUGUUAUGAACAGCAUCUACGUGGUUCACAGGUCACUGCAUUUACCCAACGACACUAAGGAACACGACAUUGCCGAGGCCGUUCACAGCAAACUCCCGAAGGUCGCCCCCAACUUCCUGGGGAACGUGAUGGCCAAAGUGCUGGAGAGAGGAUCAGAUCCUUCUGGCUACAAAAAGAUCUUGACAGAUCCUCUACGGGAUCUCAAUAAAGCUGUUGAUGAGAUGCAUUCAGCUCUCGAGACUGCCAUAGAAAACGGGAACGCAGAGGACAUGGCGGCCUACUGGAGGGAGGUUGUUGCUCAAAGUCAUCAGCGAAUGAGAGACGAUCCCUUGCUUGAGGAAGACCUUGAAAUUAUUUAUCUAAACGAAACCUAUUUGACUGAACUUACUCUAAGUCUCAUGGCAACGUGGUGAGAGAAAGUCCCAUUAUAAAGGAUAAAAAUAAAAUAGGUGAUAAUUUUUUUCUCUUCAAAAUCUUGUCCUGGAUUGAAUUAAUAAAAAAGCACGUUAUUAUA